UUUAAAUAAUAAUAAAAUAAUAAUAAAUUUAUCAAUAAAAAUAAGUAGUUUUACUGUAUAACGAUAACAAAAGGUUAUAAAAUAGCACAUGAAAGAGAUAUUUUGGCAAUACAGCUGUAUGUUCUGUUCCACGUGAAAAUAGAAGAAUAUAUUUAAUAAUAUAAUAGAUUGGCGGAUCAAUAUGAAGAUAACAUUAGGAUGUAUUUUGUUGCUGAUAGCAAUCGCAUUAGCAAAAUCUGAGCCACUAAGACUGGAUUCAAUUAUAAAUGGUAACGAUGAUGGAACAUACAGGUUCAAGAGGUCUCCUCAAGAAAAACCAUGGGAAAUUAGUCACAAAACAAACACAGAUGAAAAUGGUAACAUCAAUGCCGGUGUUAAUGUAAAAAAUAAAAACCUGAAUGUAGGUUGGGACCAAGUUUUCGAUGGAUCCGGUAAAUCAAAACCAAAUUUAAACAUAGGUGGGACAUACAGAUUCAAGAGGUCUUCAUAUAAAAUUGUUCCCAUAGUAAGGCCACAAGAUGACUUUUCUGGUCAAAGAAAACGUAUACCGAGGCCUGCUAUUUUGUAUUGAGUUUUCAAUGGUUUCGGUAAAUUUAAACCAGUCUAUUUUCCAAAUUUAAAUUAUCUUUAGAAUGCCUUAGAUAUAACUGAACAUUAGUUGCGAAUCAGACACAGAUCAAAAUAAAACUGCCAAUGAUAGUUUUGAUGUAAUAAAUUAGGAUGCAAAUUUCGGUUUUCACAAAGUUUUUAAAAGUUCUAGUCAAUGAAAAUAAGAAUUUUAUAGUAUGUUUAAUGUUUUUUCUGAUUUUGUUUUAGGAGAGUAGUGAAAUAAAUAAAAAUUUUGUAAAAUAAUAAGUUGUUGUUUUUAUUAUAAUUGAUAAUUUUUAAACUGUAGGUCAUCAUAUACUGAUUAGAUUUCAAAGCUUAAUUGUUGUAAUUAAUACCACAAGAUGGUUUUCAUGAAUCUCAUUUCAGAGAUAAUUUUGUAAAGUAAACUACCACAUGUUCUUAGUCAAUCUCUUGGUUAAUCUCUUUAUUUUUCGUUUGCAUUUACAUUUAUAUUUUCA